AUGUCGUUCUCUCGUGCUGCACACAGAGUCCUUCAAGCUUCCUACCCGACAACCAUUGCAUGCCGCGGUGUAUCAAAACGCUGGUACAGUGCCACUGCCCCUGUCAUGUCUCUCAUCUCAGAAACAAUCCAACACGAUCAUCGGGAGCUGGAGGAUGCGUACAAAAAGAUCCUCAGCAACCCUGAUCUCAACGAGAAGAAAAAAUGGCAGAACCAGUUUACAUGGGAGCUUGCCCGGCACUCUAUUGCCGAGGAGUUACUUGUCUAUCCGGCCAUGGAGCGCCACCUGUCUGACGGCAAACGCCUGGCCGAUAAAGAUCGAGCAGAACACCAGAGUGUUAAGGAGCAGCUCUACAAGUUCCAGAGUCUGCAGCCGGCCGACCCUGAUUUCGAGCCCACCCUCCAGGGCCUUUGGGCGGAUCUAGGGCAACAUAUCAAGGAGGAAGAAGAACAUGACAUGGUCGAAUUGGAGAAAGCAUUGCAGGAAUCGGAAUCUCAAGCCUUGGUUACCAAGUUCAACCGGACCAAGAAGUUUAUUCCUUCGCGUAGCCACCCAAGCGCCCCAAACAAACCACCUUUCGAAACUGUGGCCGGCUUGAUGGCUGCGCCUAUAGAUCAUCUAUCUGACAUUUUCAGGUCAUUCCCCGAUGAGAGCAAGAGUGAGCUGCCGCCUUGA